GGCAUGCAGUGAAUCACAUCAGCAGAGAGGGAGCAGGACAGAGGGCAGGAGGACAAAGGACAGGAGGACAGAGGGGGGAUCUAGUGGACGCAGGGCAAACCCUUUUUGGCAGACAAACCUUUUCCUCCUGUCAGGGCCAGAUAUUGAGGUUCUACCCCCCAGUUCAGAACUUGCUGAACUCUCCAAACUUGGAUUAGGACAACCUGUGCAUGAAUCCACAGAGGCUGGACAAACAAGGUCAAAGAUUGAGUUAAACUGGAGUUUAUCUGAAUUGAACAACUUUGUUUGCCAAAGCUACCCUCUUGUCAGUUUAAAUUUGGUAGGCUUUGAAUUGGCAAGGACGGGCAAAGGACGCAAGAUCCAGAAAUUACAAGUCAGUUCUGUGAGGGAGCUCAAACAAGCAGUUGGCAAAAGCAGAGUUUACAUUCUACCACGGGCUGCCAUAUUGCAGUUAACAUCACCACCCUCUGCCAGGUCCCAGAAUUCAUCCCCACCACUCUCCACAGCUCCAGCAGUAGAUGAGACCUCACAAAUGGCUGAAGAAAAUGUAGUUUCAGAUCAGGUGACACCUACAUCCUCUGCCAUAUCCCAGAAUUCAUUCCCACCACUCUCAACUGCCCCAGUACAAGAUGGGACCAUCCUUGUGGCUGAGAGUACCCAAGCUCAAAAUGUAGUUUCAGAUCAGGCUCUUCAAGAGUGGCGAGCAAUACAUGCCCAGCAAGACCAAGAAUAUAAUGAAACCUUGUUGGAGGACCAGGAAAAGGAGAUGAAGAAACGGGCUUAUCAGGCCUUUGAGGAAAGACGUCAAAAGGCUAUUCAAGCAAGACGUCAGCGAAUGGCGGCAUGUGAGGAACCCUCAGAUGGGGUGUCGUUAAAAUUUAAAUAUCCCAAUGGAUAUGUCAACAUGAGGAAAUUCUGCUUGUCUGAGACAAUUCAGGUUUUGUUUGACUUUGUUGGUCAACAUGAAAUGGCCAGUGAAAUCUUUAAGGUGCAGGAAGCCACAUCAUCAAGAUCAAUUGAGAGCAAUUCCUUUGGGUCAAUAAUGGAUCAUGACCUAAAAGCAUCCUCAACUCUAUAUGUACUUUGGCUUUCAAAUCAGGAUGUACAGGAUGUAGUCAUUAUUGUUGAUGAACAAGAGGAGCCAGUUUCACAAAAUCUGUCACCUGUAUCACAACAUCAACUGGGAGGACCUGUGGAUGAGACUGAUCUUCAAAACAUAUUGACAAAACUGGUCAGCAAAAUUGAUGAAAGCUUCUGUCCAACCAGCAACCAAAUAAAUGUGUGCAGGAAUAAUGUCUUGCUGUGUAGCCUGCGAGCAUUCAAACGUAGGAACUUCAACCCUGAAGCAAAAUUGGACGUUGUGUUUGUGGAUGAAGAUGGCAAUGGUGAAGGGGCAGUUGACGAAGGUGGCCCAACAAGAGAGUACCUAAGGCUGCUGAUGAGGGCCAUCCACCAGUCAAACAUCUUUGAGGGCCACGAGAAAGAUCGGCAGUUAUCUCUUGAUACUCAAGCUUUACAGACUAAUCUAUACACAUGGGUGGCAAAAAUGAUAGCUGUGUGCGUCGUUCAUGGAGGAGUUGGACCACAUUUCUUCUCUGAAAGGCUUUUCCAGCAGAUCUGUGGGAUACCAACAUCCCCCACCAUUGUAGAUGAAGUUUGUGACCAUACCUUCAGGCAACAGUUAAUCAAAAUACAGGAAGCGACAACGGUCCAAGAGGCAAACAGUGCCAUUGCAGAAGCAGCAGACAGUCUCAGCAUUAUAGGCGCCUUGAGACAUGUCUCCAACCUGAAGGAGAAGGACUCCCUUGUCCAGUCUGCUGCAGACUUUUUUGUCAAUGGAAGGAUGCAGACUGCCCUGGACCAGUUUGUCGAGGGGUUUAGAACCCUAGGAUUACUGGAGGAGCUUAGAGAGAAUCCAGCAGUGUUCCAUAGCAUGUUCGUCAGUGAGGAGAGGCCACUGCAGGCGAAGGACCUCUUCUCUCUAUUUGGAGUUGACUACUCUGUGCAGGGCAGCAACAACAGAGCCAAAGAAAACAGCACAAUAUGCUACUGGCGUGACUGGCUCAUUGAUGUCGAAGAAGGAGAAUGCAGUCCAAUCACACUUGAGAAGGUACUGGAGUUUAGCUCUGGAGCCUCAACGGUGCCUCCACUCGGAUUUCCACACCGUCCACAAAUUCACUUCAUCCACGAGGCCAACAGAGUGUUUCCAGAGGCCAACACCUGCCUCCUAAUCCUCCGCUUGCCCAUACAUAGUGAUUAUGAGGACUUCAGGAAAUACAUGAAGGAGGGCAUUCUGCAGGCCCCUACUUUUGGUGUUGUGUGAACAGUCUCUGAAAGCAACAGUUCACCUACAACAUGUGUCUAUGCAUUUAUGUUUUUCUUGCUACUGUUCCACUGUCACAUGUGACACAAAGAACUUCAUCAAAUACUGUUCCACCAAAAAAAACUGUUGCUGUGCAGAGUUUUGCGAUGUUUGUCAAAGUUUUAAAUAUGAUUUCAAACAGGCAUUUUAUAAUGUUUACAAAAUUGACCAUGUUUAUAUUAGGUACAACUUGUUGAGAGUUAAAAUUAAGUGUAGAACUGAACCGAAAUAAAUGGAUUGUUUAAACCUAGACCUGGGGUGUCAAA